UUGUUUUCGAUAAGCAAGUGAGACUUGGGCUUAAGUUUGUGAUUAAGCAUAGCAGAGAAAAGCCCAAAGUUGGGAUAUAUAUCAAGAAUUUCUAGGUUGGAAGAUGCAUUUGGAUAUUUCGAUGGUAAAUCAAGCUUGUCUAACAAUUGUUGGCAUGCCUCAGGAUGCGUUAUCAUUUUGAACCCAAUGCUUUUCGCAUUGGCUUUUUUGAAAAGCUUGACCAAGUCCGACACUGCAAGACGUCCAGCGGCCAUGGUACCACCUCCCAUAGCUUAGCGUUUAUUUGGUUUAUCGGGGUAUUACGUACUCAUCGAUGUCUUCGCAAAAAGACAAAAAAAAUUGAGGAGGUAAAAGCUGAUUUUGUCGCACUCCAUAAGCUGAUAAAGAGUUGACUGAAGACUAGGAUCAUUAAUUGAAUAGCUAUAUCUGUGAUGUCCGUUAAUACACUUCCAAUACUUCCAAAGAAUGGGAGAUCAGAGUUACCAUUUGAGUUGGGUAUUUCUGAGAAACUCAAAUAUCGUACUAGUACUGAAAGACAGUCAAUGUCUAUAAAGCUGGAGAAUUCAACUGCUUCAAUCAACAUAAAUGCAAAGGAUGGUAGCUUGUAUUUGACGAACAAACGACUUGUAUUUAUAACUGCGAAUGAAGGAGAUAUUGAUGUGUUUGCUCUUGAAUUGGCGACGGCACCUGCUUUACAAUUGUCACAUUCCGUUAGAUCGCCAUGGUUUGGAGCUAAUUACUGGGAGUUUCUUAUAUUCACUAAUAGAGAAACUUGUGAUGGAUUCCCCGAUAAAUGUUGGUUGAGAGGUAUCAUCAAGUUCAAUGAUGGAGGGUUAUUUGAUUUCGUGCAAGUAUUCAAUGAAGCCCUUAACGAUGUAAUGAAUAACGCAGAUAUUGAUGAGGAGUUACCCCUGUAUUCGGCUUGAUGAGUUAAUCUAGGAGACAUUAAUAUUUUAUAUAGUCUAAAAUGUAAUAUAAAG